AGCGCUGAUCGGUCGGCCUUGCUGUGCUUUUCGUUUGCAGUCAGUCAGUCGUCAUACCUUUCCUUCCAAUGCAACCUCCCUCAUUACGACCCCAUCAGAAACUGGCUGCCAUUUACCCAGCCAUUGUCGUGCUGGGUCUAUUGGUUUCCAAACUCGGCAACAUUCCUGAUGGUUAUUUCUCCAACAAGCGUAAUAUCUUCAACGUCUAUUUCGUCAAGCUCGGCUGGUUCUGGACAACCUUGGUCUACUUGCCUUUCGCUUACCUUGUUAUCUCUGAUCAAAACGUACAGAGAUUCGGAAAGUCUACUGUCCGAUGGCUGAUGGUUACGCUUUACUGGUUCCUAUUGACUCAAUGGGCCUUUGGACCAAGUAUCAUCGAUCGAGUUUUCAUAGCCACGGGAGGAGCAUGUGAUUUUGUCCAACUAGACGAAAACCCAAAUCCCAUUCAGGUUUUUGAACAAGUGGCCUGUAGAAAGCAAGGUGGAACUUGGGCUGGAGGACACGAUGUUUCCGGACAUUGUCUCUUAUUGAUACAUAGCAGCUUAUUCUUUCUGGAAGAGUUGAGUUGGCUUUGGUAUACCCCGUCUUAUAAUACAAUCAUUCGGAAAAGCCAGUCGCUCUUUAUUGUCGUCGGUUCGCUCCUUGGAUUAUGGGCAUGGAUGUUACUGAUGACCAGUAUUUAUUUCCAUGGACAUUAUGAACUACUCUCCGGUACUUUGUUUGGACUGUUUGGAUGGGCCUUAAUCGUAAGUACAGCUUUUGGUUGCUGAGCAUAAAACAUUGAACUCACCAGCGGAAUUUUUGCCUCUAGUACGUGGUCGUUUUACCACGAACCAGCUAUCCCAGCACGGCCGAAGAGAAUCGCCGUGAAAAAU